AUGCAUAACCGCCUUACAACAGGGGAUCGGAUCGCUCAAUGGAACACUGGAGCCGAUACAUCCUGUGUCUUCUGCAGAGCAUCACUAGAAACCCGCAAUCAUCUCUUCUUCGAAUGCAGUUUUACCGAGAGGGUGUGGAGUAACCUAGUAAGGAAGCUUCUUGCACCUGAUUACACCAACAGCUGGAACGAGAUUCUAAACCAGCUGCAGGAGCACCUGCGGGAGAAAACUCGGCAAUGGUUAUUUCGUUACACCUUCCAGACAUCUCUGUAUUGGAUAUGGAGGGAGAGAAAUAACAGAAGGCAUGGUGAACCGCCAACAACAGAGGGGCAAAUGGCUCAAUUCAUCGACAAGCAGAUCAGAAACAAAUUAUCUUCUAUCAGAGCCAUGGGAGAUACUCGUUACGACGAAGGGAUGGUGAUAUGGUUUUCAACACGAUAA